AACCAAGCGGGAAACCAGCGGUAGAGAAAUUUUUCUCAGAUAUUAUCCUCGUUUUCUCCCUGCCACGCCCUCUGGCAGAGUGGUUCCCGAGGGCCGAAGAAUCCUCUUUCUCUACACCCUCUCGGUAGAGCGACCUCUGGGCACCGUGCAAGACUCUUCCACGGAACUUCUGGAUGGGAAUUUGCCUACAUUGAUCGCCGGAGGGGCCUCCGGUUACUGGUGAGUCUCUGCAGCCGGGGGCCGGAUUACUUACUCACCGGAAAGCCGAGCAUCAGGUCCCCCGACUGGGAGGAGAGGAAAAGAAAAGAGAGAGCCGGGCUGUUCGCGACCAUCUCCCUCUCCACUGGUAUGGUUUCUGCAGAGCACAUGGAGCGGCUGUUUCUUUGAAGUGAGCAGAACGGAUGCUUUAAGUAAGGUUUAAUAUGGAGCACUUGACACCUGCCAAGGCAGGAAUGGCACGCUUCGGUGUAUGUUUUGCCAAUACAGACCCUUCUCCAGUGGUUCUGAGGACCGUGAAAAGGCAUACAGCAUUUCACCACACUUCAGCCAAACGGAAGAUUCCUAGAACAGACUUGCCAGUAGAGAAUGCAGAGCAGAUUGCAGUGUUGCUGCAGAAACAAUGGCGUCUGUAUCAUGUAACUCCUCUAUACGGAUUCUCCUACAGCAUGCUGAAGAAAUAUUCCAAUGAGCUGUCAGUCUUUAUUGCUACCGAGAAGAAAAAGGGGGUGGCAAUUGAAGUGGGAAUUGAACUUGCCAGUAAGGCUAAAUUCUCCAUGCUUGCUGGUCUUCGAGCUACUGAGAACGAUCCAGAGGCUGUUUUCAUACAGAUAAUGGCAAAAACUGCAGUCCGUCAGUCUGUUGAUGAGAAAGUUGUCUGGUCUGGGUGGAUGUGCUGUGUUGAUGGAGACUUGGGCUUGCUGGAAUCUCUCCCCGUGGAGUUUAUCUGUCUACCUUUGCUUUUUGCUAAUGGCCCUGAAACAGUUACAACCAUGGUCGGGGAAUGGUUGCAGAAAACAUUUGACUGUUACAUCAGUGCCUUUCCCAUUAGGUCAGAGAACCUGACGUGGAUGGCUGCCAUGUGGGCCAAUUGUUUCUCAGACUCUGUUCAACGGAUGAUGGAAUUGGAGUGGUUUGUGCCCCCUAUACAACUGACCAUUUCACUUAGUAUUCACCCAGAGGAUGCUAAAGCGCUGUGGGACAGCAUUCACACAAACGAGGAUGAAAUCACCAUUGAGGAGGUGGAGCUAUUUAUGAGCAGCCUCCAUUCACACUUCUACAGGCAUUUUGGGGUGCGGCUUGCAGCUACACAACUAGUAAAGGUAUCAACAGCUGUAGCAUCUGCUCACUGUGACGGCAAAUUAAAGCUGUUCAACUGCAAGCAUAUAGACCAUGUGCUGCCAUUCCUAACUGAGCUGGCUUUUCAUCAGAUACAGUACCAACCACGUCUCUGCAGCAGUAUUGAUUAAAUUUGACCGGAUCACAACAUAUCCUCCCUUGGACCCUCAGACAAUUUUCCUGCUCUGAAAACAACCAGUCAUUAGACUGAAUCACAAUCAUUGGAUGUGCAGAAGGAAAAACAGAUGUGACUUUGAGAGUGCCCAGAAAUAUUAAAAACUUUUUCUGCAGACUGGCUGCUUAUGCCAAAAACUUUUCAUCUGUUCAUGAAGAAACUGAGCUGCUAAAACCACAUUAUCUUUGGGUCCUUGUGCAGUAUGCCAGCUGCAACUGUCAGCUUCUGACUCUUUUAAUAGAUGUGACCUGAAGGGACUAUGUCCCAUUUUUAAAAAUAACAUUGCACAAACUUUAUUCAACUUUUUGUGAUGUCGGGACUUGUAGUCAAGGUUUGUGUUGAACAAAUUUUACUCUAGGGAAUAUUAUCCCAGUUUUUUUUAAUACAGAUUUACUUCACGUAAUCCAGUGGGAAGGCCUGCAAUUUCCAAAUCCUUCUGGAAACUUAACAAUUUCAUCAUCAUGUGUUCAUACAGAUAGUUAUCCUCACUUAUUGUUGAACCAAGAGAAAUCGGUUGUCUUACCUGAAGAUGUUGGUGACCUUCAAUAAAGUAUUGGAACCUAAA